AUGGACUCCUCAAACAACAACCUGCUGGUCCUCGUGCCCAAAAUCAACAAUUGUCGCAAGACAAUCGAGCGACACGUCGCUGAUAUGGACGUUUCCUUACAGGUCACGGCGCGGGGGUCAGCAGUCUUCAAUAAUGCAAUUAGAGAAGGCGUAGAGUACAAGACUCAGCUACAACGAGCUGCCGGCUUUUAUCUCUUGAAUCGAGAUAUCAAGAAGCUCUACCCGGUCAAAGGUCAAUCCUACGAGAAAGAUCAAGAGACCGCACCAAAUGCGCAAGCAACAUAUUAUAUCCCACCCAAUGUCCUUACUUGCACGUUAGCCCUCAAUAUGGGCAAGGGCCAAUGGCCGGUCAUCGUGCUCUCAUUGAUGGCAGAGGCAGCCCGCAUACACAAGGAAAGCGCCGCCAUUAAUUUCGAAACAUUCAAGAAGUGGAGAUGGGUAUACGACAGGCUGACCAAUGCGAUGGUCCUGACAAAGGCCUUCGAGAUGAAAAAUUCACAUGAGGAGGUCAACACCUGGAGCUCUGAGAAGCAGAGGCAGUUCCUUGAAGCGGGGACGCAACAUUGUUUGGCCACCUAG